AUCUACGAAAGCAAUUUGCUACUUGAAGUUGUCGGAGGGCUUCAGCUCAUGAGUAGUAUGACAUUUCAAAGAGUAAAAUGAGCGCAACUGCUUCCUCAGACACAGCCAUGGAGGACGAAUGGGAAGAAGAGGAGCAGCUGGUUGUGGCGGAACUGUCUGGGAUGAUCAGCUCUGAUUUAAUCUCCAGUCGGCAGGGCACGUGUAAGAUAGUGGACAUUGACAGCGAGCAGCCCAUGAUGCAGGUGGGUCGCUAUCUGUUCGCCGGGGAGUACGAGGAUGCCAUCGGAACAUGUGUGAUUUUUGAAGAGGACGGUGCAGGUUCUAAUUCAGCUCUUAAAUACAAAUGUCACACAAUGAAGAAACUAAUGCUUCAGCGGACGUUUCUGUCGGAGAGGAAGGAGGAUGAGCCCCUCUCUAGCAGAAUAGAGGUGCUGGCUCUCCACGAGGAAGAAUCGUUCGGCAGGAAGAGCGCAGUUUGUAACUACCUGGAUCCCAUCGACACAGAGAAAUCUGUGCUAGACGAAUCUAAAGAUUGCGAGGAUCCAGAGAUGAGCGACGAAUCCGCGGAUGAAGUGGAGGAGACUGAGACUGACGCGGGAGCCACGCUCCUGGAGAACUCCGCGGAGCUGCUCUGAACUGGCGGCUGUACGAGAAGGGGACGACGGCUCAUGAAAGACUGAUUUCUGAUCAUGUAUAUACUGCAUCGUCUAAAUAUACAUUUUCUGCUUAAUAAAAGG